CAAAGAAAAACUCAGAAAAUCCUACUGUCCCUUUGAAAUCCGGCACUAGAGACACGUGUUCCAUUGAUAGCCGAAGCUAUUCUAUCGCAGAGAACCCCAAAUCACGGCAAGACCAACAACAAUCAAGUACCGGUCACGUUUACGUGGGAUGCCGCGGAAUAAUGGAGCCAAAUUGUUUAGAUGUACCAAGUGCAAACAAACCUGGCGCCUUUAAUUCAAAGACUAAAACCAGCGUUACCAUUGGACCCACCAAGGCGUUCGGACGAUUGUCCCUCAAGGACCAUUGUUUCUCACAUAGCACCCCGGUUGGUCUGGACUGUCUGGGCAGGAGAAGACACAUUUCAAAGUUCUCGACUUUGCCUGAAGGGGCCUCCCAGAAGUCCAGGUCCGGAGAAGAGCUGGGCAGCGAGGAAGACCUGCUGUAUGAAGAGUUCUGCAGUUCAGUUCACUGUUUCGGACAUCCAGGAGGUGGUGGGGGAGAGCAGCUGGCUGUCAAUGAGCUUAUCAGCGAUGGCAAUGUGGUGUGCGCAGAGGCACUCUGGGACCACGUCACCAUGGACGACCAGGAGCUCGGCUUUAAGGCUGGCGACGUCAUCGAAGUAGUGGACGCCACCAACAAACAGUGGUGGUGGGGGCGCAUCAUAGACAAUGAGGGAUGGUUUCCGGCCUGCUUCGUUCGGUUGCGUGUGAACCAGGACGAGCCGGCAGAGGACUUCGAAGCCCACCUGGAGGUGGGCGAGUCCGCAGGGGGCAAAGAAUGGGGUCUCGGAUUGUUGUUGGGACCAGGACUGCCCAGCAAGGAGCAGAUGAGGGCAAAGGUCAUCAAUGAGAUUAUGAACACGGAGCGAGAUUACAUCAAACACCUCAAAGACAUCUGCGAGGGUUACAUCAAACAGUGCCGCAAGAGGACGGACAUGUUCACGGAGGAGCAGCUUCACACCAUCUUCGGCAACGUUGAGGAGAUCUACAAGUUCCAGAGAAAGUUCCUGAAAAUCCUCGAGAAGAAGUACAACAAGGAGCAGCCUCAUCUGAGUGAGAUCGGCUGCUGCUUCCUUGAACACCAAGUUCAUUUCCAGAUCUACUCGGAGUACUGCAACAAUCAUCCCAACGCCUGCAUCCAGCUGUCCUUGCUGAUGAAAGUCAGCAAGUACGUGUUCUUCUUCGAGGCCUGUCGACUCCUCCAAAAGAUGAUCGAUAUUUCUCUGGAUGGAUUCUUGCUCACGCCGGUCCAGAAGAUUUGCAAGUAUCCGCUGCAACUAGCCGAGCUGCUCAAAUACACCAACCCGCAGCACAGGGAGUACAAAGAUGUGGAGGCUGCCCUAAACGCAAUGAAGAAUGUAGCCAGGCUCAUUAAUGAGAGGAAACGCCGUCUUGAGAAUAUUGAAAAGAUCGCCCGAUGGCAGAGUUCCAUAGAGGGCUGGGAGGGUUCAGAUGUUUUAAGCAGGAGCUCUGACCUCAUCUUCUCGGGAGAGUUGACCAAACUGUCUCUGCCGCAUGCCAGGAGUCAGCAGAGAAUGUUUUUCCUCUUUGACCAUCAGAUCGUGUACUGCAAAAAGGAUCUCUUGCGCCGCGACAUGCUGUACUACAAAGGUCGGCUGGACAUGGACCGGAUGGAGAUCGUCGACGUCGAGGACGGCAAGGAGAGCCACUUUAACGUCAGCGUGAAAAACACGCUGCAGCUGCGCUCGCUGGCCGGCGACGAGGUUCACCUCCUGUGCGCCAAGAAGCCGGAACAGAAGCAGCGGUGGCUCCGGGCCUUCGCCGAGGAGAGGAGGCGGGUCCAGUCUGACCGGGAUACAGGUUUCACUCUCACCGAAGACCAGAAAAAACAAGCCAUUCUAAACGCCUGCAGAAACUGCCUAUCUGGAAAACCCAAAGUGGUGAGCAGACCCUACUACGAUUUACUCCUGAGGCAGAAACACCCGUCCCUCCCCACGGCCUUACCCCAACAGCACGUCUUCAUGCUGGAGGAACCCAAGCGCAAGGCCUCGACCUUCUGGCACAACAUCAGCAGACUGACGCCCUUUAAAAAAUAAUUCGUGCGGGCAAACGGGAAACAAAGGGAACAGGUGUGGCUUCUUUAGGUCGGAGAAAAACGUGUAUAGUAAUUUUACAGAUGUUUACGACGGAGGGAACUGGAAAACUUUACCGAUUAAACUAAUACAGGAACUUCACUCUGGUACUAAUAGUACUACAAAGCUCUGUGCCGCUUCUCUCGCUACUUGUCGACAAAGCUACGUUAUUUCCGCUAAUAUAUAUUUCCAUUACUACGACGUUGUUUUUUUAAUUGAUGCCAACUGUUCACAGUGCCAGAUUUUGUUUUCUAUAUUUUUGGUGGUGGUUGUUAAGUUUCUGGAGAUUUUUUUUUUUCCCUGUGCGAAAACAAAAUUAUUAGACAAGCGUAAUAAGACUGUAAUAAGACUGUGAUCCUCAAAGCUCAGUGGUAGACAUGCAAUGUUAAAUGUGAAGUUUUUUUCAUUUUUUCCCAGUACUACACAAUGCAACUCCCAAUCAAUUUUUCUGACCGGUACUAAGAUAGAAAUCGUGGGUACGACACACAGUUGUGCGUUACGGUUUGGUUUCAUUUCCGUUGGGUAUUUUGUGAUCCGGAUCUGUCAGUAACCGACUCCGAACUAUUUACUGUAACCAUGUAACAGAUGCAGUAUGUAGUACAUCUUUGUACACCGUACAAUACAUGUUGUGGAAUGACUGAACUAAAAAGUUGUC